GAGCAUCACCUCUUGCCGCCCCUGGGCCAGAGCCCUCACAAUAUAUCAAGCCGUAGACAGGAUAAUACAAAAUAUUUCCAAAAUUGAAAACCUUUGUGUGGCACUUGACAAUGGCCAACAAUUUGAACGCCCAGCAAGUACAGGAUCUGCAGCAGGAGUCGAUGGAGCUGCCGGUAGAGGAAUCAACCUCCGAAAUGAAACUGACUUCGGAGUACUCCACUGAUUCGGUCAUCAAUGAGAUCAUCGCCAAGUCCCUGACAACCGAGCCAUCGUCUCAGUCGUCGUCGAUGGUUGCCCUGUCGGAGCCAGGAUCAGAGAAACGCCACAUGUCCUUUCGAGCUCUGGCCCGCCUUGCGAUGGUACUGAACGGAGUCAUGACCCAUCAUCGCGCCAAACGGGCCGAGGACGUGGGCUUCUGGCGGCAAAUGGCCGAGGGAUACUGCCAGGAGAACGAGAGGUACCAGAGGGUGGUCGAGAUCCAGCGGAAGAGGAUCGACAUCCUGGAGAGGGAUCUGCGCACGCUGGUGGGCCUGGCCCGGGAGACCCAGCAAAUGCUGUCGGUGAUCAGUGCCGAGAAGCGUUGCAGCCAGGAGCGCGGUCAUGGCGAGCACGCCGAUUAGAAUUUGGUUAAUUUGUGUAUCGAAUUUUAGUUUAGCUCUAAGUGGCAAAAAAAAACUGGUAUUUUUUGGUGGCACACAGUAAAUUUUACAAAUUUUUUUGAUUAAAAAUAUUUUCAACA